GGGCGCCGCACAACUUGCUGAGCUGGGAAGCCCAAGGGACGGCAGGCGUGCCCGCCAGAGACUUAGGCAGCUGGAGAAAGCAACUUGGGAGCAGGAGGGGGAUAACCCUUCCUUGUUCCAGGAAGGCAGAUCCAAAGGGGGAGUGAGUAGCGGUGGUGGUGGGGAGCUGCUGUACCCCCAAGGCAGAGGAGCGGGCAACUUUGGGCAGCGAGCUCUGGAAGUGGUGCCAUGCCAGCGCUCGGCUGAGGGUGCCUAGGAAGGAAUUCGGGGAAGGGGAGAGGAAUUAAGAGACGGGGUCUUUGGAGCAAGGAGGGGGGGUCUCUAGAGUCAGAGAAAGGUGGGGUACGUUUGGCACCGCGGUGUCCCAUGGAGGUGGCGAUGCUGGCGUGGGCACUGCUCUCCGUCCUGUCUCGGCGGGACGGGGCGGACGGCGCCAACCUCACCCUCGCCGUCGUCCUGCCGCGCCACAACACCACCUAUCCCUGGGCCUGGCCCCGGGUCGGCCCGGCCAUCGAGCUGGCCAUCCAGAAGCUCAACGCCCAGACGGAUCUCCUGCCAGGUUACACGGUGCAGCUGGUUUUCGGCAGCAGUGAGGCGAGCGAAGGCGUCUGCUCGGACUUCAUGGCGCCUUUGGCUGCUGUCGACUUAAAGAUGGCCUACGACCCCCAGGCCUUCGUGGGGCCCGGCUGCGUCUACACCGCGGCCCCCGUGGCCCGCUACACCCGGCACUGGGGCCUGCCCCUGGUGACGGCGGCGGCCGAGGCCGUGGGCUUCAGCCUGAAAGCGGACGAGUACGCCUUGGUGACCCGGACGGGAGCCAGCCACAACAAGCUGGGCGAGUUCGGGGUCAGCCUGAGCCGGCAUUUCAACUGGAGCAGCCAGGCGAUGUUGCUGUACUGGGAUAACAAUACGGGCGAGCGGCCCUGUUUCUUUGCCGUCGAGGGUCUCUACGUCCAGCUGCCCUCGGUGAACAACAUGACGAUUGAGGUCGUGCCUUUCAUGUCGCCGAACUACACCGACCUGAUCCGGGAUAUCAAGCAGAAAGCUCGGAGCUGUCAUGCUCCUCACUUACGCCGAACCCCAAAAUCCGGAAUACCGCCAAUUUCUCCAGCACAUCAAGCGAACCUCCCAGGAGCAGUUCAACUUCACCGUGGAAGACGGAUUGGAAAAUUUCAUCGCGGGGGCUUUUCACGACGGCGUCAUGCUCUACGCCCACGCGGUAAACGAGACGUUGGCGCAGGGCGGCUCUCUUGCCAACGGCACAGCCGUCACGCUUCAAAUGCGUAACCGGACUUUCUACGAUCGUGGCCAAUUACAACGGGACCACCAAAAAGAUUGAAAAGAUCCCUGGAAGGAAGAUCCACUGGCCCGGCAAUACCAUCCCGAGGGACGUGCCCUUCUGCGGUUUCGAGAAUAGCAACCCGCUUUGCCAGAAAGCCUCUUUUUCCUUGCUGGAGAUCCUGUCGCUCGUGAUGACGCUGCUUCUCUUCGGCAUCAUCGUCACUGCCUUCUUUGCCUACCGGAAAAUGAAGUUGGAAAAGGAGCUGGCUUCCGAAUUUUGGCGCAUCAGCUGGGAGGACGUGCAGUCGAGCAACCUGGAGAAAAACCUACGCAGCAUGGGGAGUAAAGUCACGCUUUCGCUGAGAGGUUCAAAUUACGGAUCUUUGAUGACCACCGAAGGACAAUUCCAGGUUUAUGCCAAGACUGCUUAUUACAAAGGGAACCUUGUGGCCGUGAAGCACAUGAACCAAAAGCGCAUCGACCUGACACGAGAUGUUUUAUUUGAGCUGAAACAC